CGACGAGGACGAGCUGCGGCGGUGCAUGCUGAAGCGCCGCGUGGCGGUGCAGGGGCGCAGGUCUUUCUACGAGGUCGAGCGCACGAGGACGCAGGUGGAGUGUGUGCUCCGCAGCUUCAUCGUCACCCUGUACAGCCGCCUCUUCCGGAGACUCGUGGCGCGGAUGAACGCGGCCUUCUGCGCAAACGUGCCAGGAGACGGCGCGGGGGCGGAGUUGGGCUUGCUGGACAUCUACGGCUUCGAGAGCCUCCAGAGGAACGGCCUGGAGCAGCUCCUGAUCAACCUGACCAACGAGCGCCUGCAGCAGUUCUUCGUGCGGCACGCCCUCGUGUCCGAGCAGCAGGCCUACCUGCAGGAGGGGAUCCCGCUGCGCGCCGUGGAGCCGGACGACUGCUCCAGGUCCCUCGACGCUGUGCUCGGGGUGCUCGACCUGCUGGACGACCACGGCCGCCAGCGCUGCAGGGGCCUGCCCGCCAGCGACGACCGCUUCUGCAGCGCGGCCGUGCGGGCCCACGCGGCGCCAGCCCCCGGGCGCGCCGGGCCGCUGCCGGUUCGCAGCGCACGGCCGAGGCGGCCACGCGGCGGGCUGCCCGUCGAGCAGGGCGCCUUCUUGGUCGCGCACUACGCCGGCGACGUCGAGUACGAGCGGCAGGGCUGGCUGGACGGUAACGACGCGCAGCCGCUGCCGGAGGUUGAGGCACUGCUGCGGAGCUCCGAGCAGGAAUGGGUGCGGGCGGCAGGCGGCGACGGGGCCGCCGCCGUGGAGGGCCGGCAGUUCCGGUCGGUGAGCCGCCAGCACAGGCGGGACCUGGACGCCCUCGUGUCGCGCUUGGGCAGCGCCCGCGUGCAGUUCGUGCGCUGCUUCCGCCCGAGCCGCCAGGAGACGCCGGGCAGGGUGGACCCCGCGUACCUGCUGGGGCAGCUGGCCAGCUGCGGCACAGUGCCGCUGUUGCGGCUGAUGCACCAGGGCUUCCCGCACCGGCUGCCCCUGCGCGAGGUGGCCGCGCGCUUCGGGCCCCUGCUGCCCGAGCGGCUGCGGGCCGGCAGCGAGCGCACGCUGGCGCGGUGCGCCGCCCCGCCGCCGCCGCCGGAGGGCCCCUCGGAGGGCCCCCACCGGAGGGCCCCCGCGGAGCACUUCGUCUUCCUCGUCGAAGGCUGA